UUCGGUAAUAAUCGCUCAGUGGCAAGGACAGGUAUUGAGGAGCUCAUGUUUCAUUAAUACUGUCUUUAAAAAAAAGAGAGAGAGAGAGAGAGCGAGAGCGGUUUAUUGUAUGUGCUAUACAGUAUUAUCGCGUUCUACCAGCUUUAUCUGGGUUGAUUUACGUGACUUUGGAUUAAUGCGGCGCUGCCUACGAGUCAAAUGCGUUUGAUCUUUUAAUUAAGUCCUUCUUAAAUCAACAAUUUACGCUCCGUAUAAACUGUAACAUGUUUAUUUUGCAGCGCACUGGGGAGAAGCGAGUUGUUUUUUUCGGGGUACGAGUUUAGUUAGCGCACGGAUGCGCGUUUUCGUUAACGUUAGUCGCUGUUGGCUUCAGUAAUGCUUCCGUGCGGCGGCGUUUCGAGGAUCAAAUUGAAGAGGGAUUCGUUUAAGCUCGGUAGCAAAUUAGAGCCGAGUAAACGCAGAUGGACUGGGCCUAAAAGCGUACAGGUUCAAGACCAAGCCAGUUGUCCGGCUCCGGAGGCAGCAGAACCGAGCGCCAACAAAACCGACCGUGAACUUCUGUCCCAAUUUGACUGGGAAGCGAGCUCCACACAAGAGGGCCGCGAUCGGCGUAACUGCGGCGAAGGGGGUUUUAAUCAAGGUACUUUCCCACCCACAGUCAGUGGCGUUAGUAACUGUCAGGGGGUAGGAACGAAAGCUAAAAGUACCUGCACUGAGAGUCAGCCGUUGUCCGAACAUAGAAAGGAGUUCUUCUACCGUUUGCGCUUAGCUUUGUGCUUGAAACGUCGAAAUGGCGGGAAUCGUGCGAUGCGGGGGUCAACAGAAGCUCAGUGCCGCGCGCUGUCGUAUAUAAACAGUAACGCGUCGGUCGAGUCAGAUCACGUUUCCGUUAAAUCCACUGUCUGUGAGGAAUCGGUGGAACAAACCCCGCCUGCCCAGAUAGAUCCGCAUUACGAUAAAAACACCGAGGGCCCAGAUUAUUCGGGGCACGAAAAGCCUCGUGCCAGGAGGGGGAGACCAAGGAAACCGUUUAUUGAUAAUUGUGGUGGCCCUAAUGGACAGGUGAAAGCUACCAUCAAGACGGACGCUCGGCGAGGCCGUGCAAGUAGUGCCAGGCGUGCUAUUUCUGCACAAACACCAAAUAUUAGUUCAAAACAUGAGCUGAGACGACAGCUUAGGUCAGACACAAGGAAAGCCUGCAAACGACUGGUGAAAAAUUCGUGCUGUGCUUUGUGCGGUGAUGUAAAAUACACUCCUCCCCCUAGUAAGAAUCCGGCCCCUUUACUCAGUCACAGAUCUAGAGCUGUCCACUCCAGCCAGACUGUGUGCCAGAAAGAUGAUGGUCAAAUCGCAGAAUCCCCGACCGCGAUGAGUUUCCGCUUCGAGAAAUACCCCAUGGUGAAUCUGUGCGAUGUAGCCAGAGUGUUUGACAUAGCCUCUCGUGAUUUCUCAUAUGUCUUACCGGCCGUACUAAGACAAAAGAGGAGGCGCAAAAGAGUGCACUGCUUAAGGAAACAAUUAAAUUUUGUUGUGCAUCCUCAUCUCCACGGCAUCAAGGAGUAUAGAAGUAAGAUUGCCAACCAGUCCUGGGAAGUUUCCACACCAACCCAUAGCUGUGCUUCUUUUUCAUCAGGUGAUCUACCAUCUGGAGCUUCGGGCACAUACAUUUCACACACAGCUGAGACUCCUGGUGGAUCUGCUAAGGAAUGGGAUGCUUGUCUCGCAAGGAAUCCAGACUCCGAGAGUAUGAGACAGGACGACUUCAAAGGAACUGACGCAGUGCUCCCAGGGUCUGAUGACAGUGGCCCUGUUUUGCAUUUCUGUGAGAAAGACAAGGCCUGUCCAGUGACAAACAUCUCUGAAAGUCCUACCAGCUCGACACGACGUGUACCACCUCUAAUACUCAGACGGGUUGCUGUCAGUGGUUUUGGUUUGAGAGAUGGUGGCGGUAAUGAUGAUGAGGGUAAGAACAGUGGUCAUUCCCUGGAUGAAGAGAAAGAGGAGGACAGUAGUAAUGAGGAUUCUGACAGUGAAGUGAACUCGCCUGAGAGUUUCUCCUGCCAGCGAGUGCAAGCCUACAUAUUUUUCCCUCAAUCAUCAUGUGCUCGCACAUACAAGACCUGGCCUUUCCCUAGAACAGGCCCUCCUAAUGAACUCAGGUCGCCCCUGCACACUGGACCCCGAUGGAUUGUGGCCACUUCAUUUCCUGCCAUCGUUCAAACAUCUCUCAGUGGAACACCUGAAUGCUUAUCAGAUAAAGAUGUUGAAAACAAACUGUCCAAACCCACAAAGCAAAGCAAAAGCAACUCUAAAACGAGAGAAUUGUUGCCAGGUGAGCCCACGUUAGAGGUGAUGGAAAGAACUCAGAAAAGUCAAGCACAAUGUCUUACUCCAAGUCGUACAGUGACACAUGAUAGUUUUAUUUCGAGACUUGCAGAACACAACAGUUGUAGUUUAGAAAGCAGAGACCUACUGGAGCAGCAGCCUUCUGCAUCAGGCAAAAUGCUGCCCACUUGCACAGUUGAAAAGACUCCAAAAGAUCAAGUGGAAACUCUUAAACCAAGAGGUACAUUGAAGCAAGAUAGUUGUAUUUUAAGACUCUCAGACCAAAACAGUUGCAGUUUAGAAACUAGAGACCUACUGAGCAAGCAGCCUUCUGCAUCUGGUGAAACACCACCCACUUGCAGACCUGAAGGGACUUCAAGGGGUCUAGUGCACAGUACAAAAGUCACUUUGACUCAUGUUUCCAUACCUGCAGAGCCAGAGUCAAACCAAAGUUUUAAGAAGGCUUCAGAGGAUGUUCUUGAGUCCUCUGUACCUGUAGUGACUGUACAGGGUAACAUCUGCAAGUUUAAUGGUUUUGGCUAUGCAACGUCAUUAGAGGAGUGCAGCCUUUUGAAAAAUCAUUGCCUGCUCAAGAAGUUUGAUCAGAAACCGUUCGAAAUUCAGGCUGAUUUCAUGAGGGAAGAAGAUCAAAAAUUGUCGAAAGGUGUUUCGCAUCUCGAGAUCACUACUCUUCCUGUUAGCCAAACCUCAACAGCUAAGUCAGUUGAGGACCAAGAAUGUAACGGAAAUAGUGACGGACAAACUCUCUAUAACCCUGGGUCGCUUUCGGAAGCAUGUCUUAAAGUAAACAUGCUAAAAGCACAGCAUUCUUCUUUAGUGACGUCAACUUACACAAUGGUUCAGGAUGCCACACUGCAUACAGCCGGCAGCAAUCCUGACUGCUCAGGAGAAGAGAAGCAAAAUCAAGAAUUUGACACCUGUGCAUUCAAAGACUCCUCUUCUGAAGAUGAAAAUGAACAACUCACUGGUCUGUCAUUAGAUGACCCUGUGGAACAUGCUGCUCUGAGCUCUCAGUCUGAUGAUGAUGGGACAAGUCAGAUGAAUGAUGAAGACGACGACUCCACCCCUUCACAAUUAACAGCGGUUGCUGACAGCUUUCUGGAUGUUUCUCGAGCAUAUGAAGAAGACGUCCUUGUGCUAGAUGUGAUACAAGAUGAUCCAGAGUUGUUUGGGGCUGUCACUGAAACUGUGAGUAAACAGGGCACGUCAGCAGAGGAGAGUGGAAAGGCACUGCCACAGACAGAGAAACUUCAAACGGUGAACCAUUGCAAGAUUGUCUGGGACCUAAAUUCAGAUGGCUCCACUGAGUCUAACCCAACUGCUGCAGAAGUCAAGACAGACAGUCUGAAAGAUGGUGGUUCUCUAACAGUUAAGGAGACUUACAGAGAGCAGCCUGUCCGGGAAAUGAGUAUUUCAAAAUCAGAGAAUUCCACAGACUGCAAUAACAAUAAAGAGAUGAAACAACCAAAUGGUAUUGCAGGAAUAAACACAAGAGCAUCAAGACUUGUGAUGGACACAUGCAGCAACGGGUAUGAAGUGACUCCAAAAGAGAGAACUUCAAGCAGUAAUUAUUGUUGGUUCUACUUUAGUGAAUAUAACUCCUGCAUUCGAAGCGUCUGUUGGUUCCCGCAUGUACCGAGAGAUGGAGAUGAAAAGUUCUGCAUGAAUACAGUAAAGAAGUUCUGUCAUACUGGGAAACAGUCUCUUAUUCUGCGUGCAGUGGAGGUGUUUGUGGGAUAUUACAGCAGUUGUUCUCCCAGCGUCAGUUUCAGCCAGGAGAUUGUCAACUCUCUGUUGUCGUCUCUGCUCAAUUUUUGUUUGCUGGGUGAAUUUCAAGCAGUCGUUAACUUGCUUCUCAAACACACGAGGCUGCCUCCACCUGAGAUUAUUUUAGACAUUUUUAAACUUGUGAUGGAAAGGGGACUGAUUAAUUUUGUACCUGAGCUCAUUCAUCUCACCUCAAAGUUGAUCGAGGCAGGAUGUGUAUUCAGUGUGGAUCAGUGUGAGGUCAUGCAGAAUCAUCUCCACAUGAUGCAGGUUCCUCGACAGCAGAUGGACAUUUUCCUUGCUGUUAAAUGCAGAGCUCUGGUAACUAAUCCCCAUACCUCUGAGCUGUCAGAUCUGGCCCAGUCUGUUGUUAGAGUUGAGAUGCUGAAGCAUCAGGAAGACUGGGCUGGACUGGCUCUUUUAUUCUGCAAUGUCUGUGUGGGGUCACAAAGUCAAAUGGAACUUAACAGGUUUUGCUGCUGUGUUACCAUGGCACUGCUGAAGGAGCCCAAAGGCAAACUCACCUUACCGUAUGAGCUGUUUGCUGAAUCAGUCUGUCAGCAAGUCUUGUCCAAUGACAUGAUAAAAACCAUCCUGGGAAGAAUUGGAGUCUCUCUGAUCUUCAGGUACCACAGGACACGGGACUGGAACAAGGGAGUGAAGCUGGUCAGUGUGAUGUUCAGACUGCACAUCGAGUUCGUCACUCUGAAAGGGCUUAUGGGGAAUGAGCACAGGGUGUCUCGCUGUCAGCUGGUCACUAUGGCAACGGAGUUCUUCCUCCAUAGCGGGAGUAUUGAGGGAGCUCUGAAAAUGCUGAGAGCUGAUGGCUGGUUUGUGAGCUCCAGCAUGUGGCCUUGUGAGCAGGCUGACGUGAAAAACAGAAAGCAUGUCCUGACACUCUUAGCUGGGAAAACAUCACACAGAGACGCCUAUGAAAUUCUUACCAACUUACCUGGAAUCAGACAACCGAUAGAUGGUGUGCAGAAAAACGACUACGCUGAAACAUUCAAUGCUCAUCUGCGUCUGUGCUUGGUAAAGCAGACAUUACCGGUCGCCGCAGAUAUUCUUGAGUUCAUGCUAAUGCAUGGUAUGGUGCCUGAAACCCUCCCGUUACAGAGUCUCAUCCAUAAACUAGGCAAACAGAACAACUGGAGCCGUGUGAGGGCCCUUUUUAAACGUGCUCAGUCAGCAGGGUUUUACUCUGCAGUGGUGUGUGAAAGGGACUCUUUGUUUCUGCCAUGUAAUCUCAGUGAAAUUGAGAUGACGUUGGCCUUCGAGAUGUUCAUCACCUUGAUUAAUACUAAACUACUGGCCCCUGCUGAAGCCUUCCAACCAUUUCUAAUUACACUCAGACGGCAUGCCGAUAUUGAGGAUGUGACAGAGAGUGUGUACCUGGCAGCCGGUUGUCGGCUUCUCUCUGCCGCUCUCAUACCAAACCCCAAAUUGAGCAUCCGCUACUCAGCUGUCAAUAAAAGCCAAGAACAACUGUUUCACCUCGACCCUGCAUCUGCCCACAAAUGGUUUUUGCAAAACGAGCGGUGGGCACGAGAGAUUUGGGCAAGCUAGCAUACACAAACACACACAGACAUUCUUGUGAACAGUCCGAAAAAGUAACAAAUGUCUAAGUCUGAUCAAAGGUUAGUUUAUGUUACAGACUGUUGAAACUGAGACUUGUCGAAACUGGUUGCACAAUGUUUUGUGGUGUUUGUUAAAAUGUUAUUGAAGGACAAGACUGCUUAGUUUUGAGUUGUAAAAAGAAAGGUUUUGUAAUAUUUAGUUUUAUGUUCUUAAUUUCGACUUCCAUAGAUUUAUGUCGGAGUCUGCAAAUAUAAGUCGUUCAUGUGGGUAAAAACAUUAUCUAACAACAAAAAGAACCCCCCCCAUAUUUUGUGUGUGUGCGUGUAUGUGUGUUUACAAUAGUUUUGAGUACUGAUAAAGAUUUGACAACAGAGUUACUUUCAUUGUUAGCAUUUGUUUUACCAAUCGGUUGUCAAAUUUAUUUGGUGAUUAAACUGCAAAAAUGAUGGUACACAUGGUUGCACUGAAAGGCACUUAUGUACAUUCAUAUAAAAGACAUUUCAUCAUUGGAUACAAUUUUGUCUAGUUCUGCAAUGUGCACGUUUCAGUUUGUUCAGUUUAACUGAAAAUCACAAAUAAAUUUAAA